AUGGCGGACGAGGAGACCACUGAAGUCGCAAGCGAGCAAGCUACAAGCGAGCACAAGAUCUCGGAGUGCAGUAAUGGGGACGAAGUGGCUACUUCGGCUGUCAGUCUGGACGACGACACCUAUAAAAUCAUUGCCGCCAUUGACUUCGGAACCACCUUCAGCGGCUACGCCUACGCUCUGACGUCCAACAAGGAGAACAUCUACACCAAUCGUAAUUGGGGACAGACGCAGGGAUUUCUGCUGCAGAAGACACCCACGUGCCUUCUGCUGAAACCAAACGGCGAAUUCGUGGCGUUUGGAUUCGAAGCUGUGUCCAAAUACAACGAUUUGACGGAGGAAGAAGCGUCAGAGCAUUAUUAUUUUGAUCGCUUCAAAAUGAAACUGUAUGAUAACAAGAUUCUAAGCACCGACAUUGUCUUACAAGAUGUGAACGGUAAAGAACAACUUGCAGUGGACGUGUUUAGCCAGUCAUUGCAUUUCAUGAAAGGGCAUCUGUUACGCCACCUGACGGGAGCCAUGGGAUACAAACCGGAUGUACAGACCAUUAGAUGGGUUAUAACAGUGCCUGCAAUCUGGGACGAAAAUGCCAAACAGUUCAUGAGAGAAGCAGCUUACAAGGGAGAAUUGAUAGACAACACCCACAGUAAUAAGCUCCUGAUCGCUCUUGAACCCGAGGCCGCGUCCUUAACUUGCAGAACCAUUCAAUCAAAUAACUUUAUGAACAAUGCGGAAAAUCAGACUGCCAAGCCAACAUUUGAACCCGGAACCAAAUACAUAGUAGUAGACGCUGGAGGUGGAACAAUAGACAUUGUAGCACACAAAGUAAGGAAAGACGGCAAAAUUCGGGAGCUGUUCCGAGCCACGGGUGGCGCGUGGGGAGGGACCGUCAUUGACCAGCAGUUCAUCAAUUUAUUGUUCCGAAUCUUUGGGGAAGAAUUCAUUCACGCCUUUCAUUCCCAGUUUCCAAAGGACUAUGUGGAACUAUUGCAAGAUUUCGAGAUCAAGAAACGCGGCGAGAGUGAUAGCGUGAGAGUCUCACUUCCCUACAACUUCUGUAAUUUUUCCCAUGAUGGGAAAUCUGUUCAAGAGUGUAUAAAAGACUACACACAGAAAUCGGGCACAUCAGUCAAGUUUUCCUCAGGAAAGCUCGUGCUCUCCUCUGAAAUUGUGGACUCACUGUUCAAAGAUCCCCUAGACCAAAUCAAUGAUCACAUUGAGAAUUUGUUAAAGCGACCCAAACUACGCGAUCUAAACUACAUUUUUCUGGUGGGUGGAUUUGCCGAGUCGGCUAGACUUCAGUCUUCCAUCAAGGAAUCGUUCAGUGAUAGAGUUACCGUUCUUGUGCCUGAGGAAGCAAGUUUGGCGGUGGUGAAAGGCGCCGUUGCAUUCGGCUGCGAUCCCAGUUCGAUCUGCCAAAGAAUAUGUCGCUACACGUACGGAGUGGGAUCUUAUUUGCCUUUUGAGGAUGGAAAACACCGAGAUGACCUAAAAGUUGUCUCGGAUGAAUUAAUACUAUGCAAAAAUAUACUCCAAGUCUGGGCGGAGUGCGGAGAGGUUAUAGGUCAUAACGAGGUUUGGCGGGAAACGUACACUCCUAUCAUCACCAACCAGAGAGGUAUAAUAUUCGAGUUUUUUAAAGCGUCAAAGAAAAAAGUAGAUUAUACGGACGAGGAUGGAGUGGAGAAAUGUGGCUGUUUGGUGGUGGAAAUGCCCGACAUGACCGGGGACAAGGAACGUGCAGUUGACCUCGAGGUCAUUUUCGGAGGGACCGAGAUUAAGGUGGUUGGAUUCGAUCACACCAGUAAAACUCAUCGGGAGACAUAUGUAGACUUCCUCACUGCCUGACAAACGCUGACUAUUCCUCUAACCACAUUACUUGUUUCUCCAUAUAUAAUGUCAUCACAUAGAUAUACAAGUUAAGCAAAACAUUUUCAAGCUUUGCAUCUGUGUCAAAUUGUCAUAAUAAUUAAUAGAGACUCGGACACUAACACCAUAUGUGUUCAUCAUAAUCAGCUUUUAAAUGUAAUAUGUCGGCAUUGCAUUCCAUAAGCAAUGUGCAAAGAAACUUCGCUGACCACUGUAUACUUUAUACCGAAAAGAUGUGUCAAUGCUUGAUUUCAAUAAACCAUAAACUGAAAAUAAUAUGUAUUUUUUUUAUUAGCCAAAAAUAUAUGCUUUGACAUUACUUGAAUCUGUUACAAGUUGUCCUAGCGGUGAAGAUAACGGAUACUGGUGCUGUACAUGGUUAACAUUGUUACACAGUAAAGGAAUACAAUACAGAAAGCUGAUACUGAAAAAUCUUAACCUCAGGUUUAUAACAGUAGCCUCCCCUUAAUAAACUAGCAAAAUUCAAUCCAGCUCAAAAAAAAAAAAAAAAAAAGGAAGGAAGGAAAAAAUACACGCCUAACAAAUACAGGCAACUGCACUGAAACAUUAAAACAAGGAACUAUGAAAAAAGACAACUAAUAA